AUGCUCACCCUGAAGCAAACGAAACAAAUUCGCCGGACAUCUCCUGAGACCAGGAUGCGCGCAGCAAACCUUCGUUAUGUGUACCUCCUCACCGGAUUCGUUUCUAUCGGCGCGUUGCUUUUUGGAUACGACCAGGGUGUAAUGGGAGUCAUCGUAGCAGACGCUAGGUGGAUAAAUCAAUUCCGCCCGUCCAAUAGUUGGGUGACUGGGGCAGUAGUCUCUCUUUACGAUAUUGGGUGCUUGUUCGGUGCCAUGUCUAUCGGGUUUCUCGCUGAUCGCUACGGUCGUGAGCGGACUUUGUCAAUCGCUUGUGUAGUAUUUACUGUUGGCGCCGUUCUGCAAUCGGCUUCCUACAAUGUCAUUUCCAUUACUAUAGGCAGAGUCAUCCUGGGAUACGGAGUCGGCUGCUGUGCUGGUGGUGUUCCGCUAUACGUCUCGGAGAUCGCUCCCGCAAAACUGAGAGGUCGCAUUAUCGGGAUAGAGCAAAUGAUUCUAUGCUUCGGUGAACUUAUGGCUUUCUGGUUAAACUAUGGGUUCAACUUUCUGGAGACACCAGACUGGUGGCGCAUCCCCCUUGCCAUCCAAAUCGCGCCAGCUAUCGUCUUGGCAGUUGGGUGUUGGUUCUGGAUACCUCCUAGCCCACGCUGGUUAGUCCAACAGGAUAGACACCAGUGUGCUCGCGAAGUGCUCGCUAGGCUUCACGGUGACGAGGAAGCUGAUAUCCAAAUGGGCGAAAUUGCCAAAGAGGUUGCGUUUGAGAAAGCUGUGACUACAGCGACAUGGGGUGAAAUGUUCCAAACGCCCGUACUACGGGUUACCCUACUCGCAAUGGGCGUCCAAUCCUUCCAGCAAAUUACGGGAACUAAUUCCAUUCUAUACUAUACCCCGUCACUAUUCGAACGAGGGGGGAUUACUGACCCGAAAUCGGCGAAUCUUGCUACAGGGGGGGUUGGAAUUGUCCUCUUUGUCUUUUCUUGGGUUCCUAUAUUUGUCUUUGACCGUCUUGGGCGUAAGACGUGGCUUCAAAUAGGACUUGUUGGAAUGUGCUGCGCUAUGAUAGGAAUUACCGUCUUGCAGUGGCACGCCGAGCGAAGUCCUAGCGACAACGGGAAUUAUGCUAUCGUUGCUUUUCCAUAUUUAUUCUACGUCUUCUUUAACACAAGCUGGGGCGUUGGAAGUUGGACCUAUGCCACCGAAAUCUUUCCGGCCAUGUAUAGGGCGAAGGGUAAUGCUCUAUCGACUGCGAGCCUGUGGCUCAGCUGCUACGUGGUUGCUCAAGCAAGCCCUCCUAUCGCAGCGGCUAUAGGAUGGGGUCUUUAUAUCAUUUAUUCUUGCAUCUGUGUAGCAGCAUUUAUAUUUGUGAGAUAUGCGAUGGUAGAAACCAAGGGCAAGACGCUCGAAGAAAUGUCUGCUCUAUUCGGCAUCGAGAGCGCCCUGGCAAGGAAUAAUGGACUGGAAGCUGACAGAAAAGACACGGUAAUUUACAUUGAAGAGACAAUGCGAGAUGAAUAA